AUAAACGAUUCAUAGCGCGACCAUCACCCUUGGCAACUCCAACAAAGAUGAAGCAUCGUUUGUUGGUUCCAUUACUCGCGUUCAUGUUUGGGAUCGUAUUUUGGACUUUGAUAGCGAGAUUCCAAUGAUGGUAGUGAGCUGCCAUGGAAAUGAGUUGGCCUACAAUGGGCUGUUGCUUCGUUUCUCCGGCUAUACGAACAUGCAAGGAAAAGUGGAAAGAGUACCACGUAGCACAUGUGGACGUGAAAAACGCGGAAAACGGGCAGAAACAAAAGUCCGAACAGAGAAUUGCCCUCCGGACCAGUUUAUCUUAACAACGCAACGAGAAAUCAACGUAUCAUGGCCAGAACCACAAUUUCUUAGUGAUAACCCAAUAGAGAAGGUUGAAAGAAAUUUCAGACAAGGACAGGUCUUCACCUGGGGAGAAUAUGAUGUCCUAUAUGUGGCCCGCGACAACUCAUCUAAUACUGCUGAAUGCAGUUUUAAGGCCUGCUCAAUAGAAUGUCGUGAAGGCUACGAGUUCUCAAGAUCGCCAGCCAUAUUCUACACGUGUGCAGCAGACGGAGUUUGGAGACCGAGGAACCGCAACCAAAUGGUUUUCCGAUAUCCUCAGUGUACAAAGUCCUUACCAGCUACUCGAGUAAUUCUUCUUCGAGUAUCCUAUCCUGGAAAAUCGCCAUGUACGGAAGCAAGUCGAGACGCUUUGAGAACCCGUCUUCUAGCGAGCAUUAACACAAUCAAUCAAAAAUGGGAUAUGUGCUCUUUAACUGAUACAAACGGCUGCGUUGGGACAAGAGUUGAUGUCGAUUGUUCAGAGGAUUUUGCUCGAGUGAAAAGGAGCACUCACAUGUUCAAAGUUCGCAUUGAAUUGCCGGUGAAAAGAGAUCUCAUAUCGCAUUCGAUAAGUGGACAAAAAUCGAAGCUGACCGAUGCGCUGCAAAACGAAAUAAUUAAUCAGGAUGCUUUCAACUUAGAAAAGGUGCUUCCAAGUGGUCGACCGGAUUUAUCAUCGUUCCAACUACUAGACGAAUUUCAUUGUCAAGUAGGACAGGUCACAGUCGACGACAUGUGCGUCCCUUGUUCUCCGGGCUCAUACCAUUCACUGAUAACCUCACAAUGCGAAUUGUGCGCUGAGGGCGAAUAUCAACCUCUUGCUGGAAGAUCUGAAUGCUUUAAAAAAUUGUCCAGCUGGAAAUUAUUAUGAUA